AUGGCCUCCCAGCAAAAACCUGCUAUCAAAAAACCCUGGAUCGAAACGCCUCUAAUUGAGUCCGCAACACUAUCCAAACAAGCCGGAUGCAGAAUCUUCCUAAAACUAGACCUCCUCCAACCCUCCGGCUCCUUCAAAUCUCGCGGAAUCGGCAACCUAAUCCUCUCAUCCCUAACAAACCAAUCCAACAAAUCUACCAAAAAGCCUCACUUCUAUAGCUCCUCCGGCGGAAAUGCCGGCCUCGCAGCCAUACACGCCGCACGGGACCUCAACUGCGCAUGCACCGUCGUCGUCCCGCACAGCACGAAACCAUUCAUGAUAUCGAAACUGCAUGCUGCGGGCGCGACGGAAGUAUUACAGCAUGGCGAGAGCUGGUUCGAGGCGGAUACGUACCUGAGGGAAAGCUUUAUCGAGAAUCAGGACGGGGGGAACGUGUAUGUUCCUCCGUUUGACCAUGAGGUGAUAUGGGAGGGGAAUGCGGGAAUGAUUGGGGAGAUUGUGGAGCAGUUGUCCAGAUAUGGAGAGGAGGUUCCGGACGUUGUAGUUUGUAGUGUUGGUGGGGGUGGACUGUUUAAUGGGGUUGUUUCUGGUCUGGAGCGGGUUCUAGGUUCGAAAGAGAUGAAGGGGAAGAAGGUUCGUGUUGUUGCGGUGGAAACGGAUGGUGCGGAUUCGCUGGCUCAUUCGCUUCGUGAGGGGAGGUUGAGUUCGUUGCCUGCUAUUACGUCGCAGGCUACUUCGCUUGGAGCGUUGUGUGUUGCGGAGAAGACGUUUGCGAAUGCGAUGUCUCCGCCGGAGGGGGUGGAGGUUUCGAGUGUUGUUGGUUCGGAUGCUGAGGCUGCGCGCGGUGUGUUAAGACUUGCGGAUGAGAUGCGGAUGCAAGUGGAAUUGGCGUGUGGGAUCAGUCUGGAGGUUGCAGUUAAUGGGAGGUUGAAGAAGGUGGUUCCGGAUUUGAAUCCUGAGACCAAGGUUGUGGUUGUUGUUUGUGGUGGAAGUAACAUCACGGCGGAGACGAUUGUGGAGUAUAGACGGCGUCUUGAGGAGGGGUGGAAUUAG